UAAAAAAGAAAAACAAACAUCUAAAUACAUCUGUCAAAAUAUUUCUAUAAACCUUGAAAUAAUUAAUCAAUUACAAAAAAAUACAUUAUAUUUCAAUCUUACGAAGAAAGCAAAGAAUAAAAAUGAAAAUUCCAUAUUUAGUAUCGCAAAAUGUACGCGAAACAUACGCCACAUCUGCGGCUAUGAAAAACUCGAUUGCUGAAGUUCCUCGCAAAAUAGUGGCGGAAGAUUUCGAAUGGGAUGAUGAUCUCACACCUGCGCCGCUCGCGUAUUAUGCUGCCCUUGUUCUGUCGAGAAUAUUCCACAGAAUUAACCCUUUGAAGCAAAUCCUACAAAAAGACAUCGACAUAUUGAUGGAUUUAUACCCUGCAGACAUACCCUUGAAGUACAGCGUUCGCUAUAUUAAGGAUGAACAAUAUUGGAAAAGAUCAUUUUUUACCAAGUUCCCUUCUAGAAAAGAACUUGGGGUCACAUUUUGGAAAGGAGCAUAUUUAUCUACAUGCCUACAAAAUUAUUUAGAAAACGUAAACCCGGAUGUGUUUAUCGAGGAAGAUGCUGUUGAGCUUGCAGCAUUGGUCAGUCCCUAUAUCUAUUUUUUGGGGCUAAAACAGCUACAAAUGGUACGUCAACAAACACCACCAAUUUCUAAUAAGAAUGUGAUUGAGGACACGUGUUUAUUUAGUGUCCCUAGAGUAUUCGAUCAUAUACCUUUGGAGCCAGUUUUGGUUAAAUUGUAUAAUCUCCAAGAAAUAUCUCUAGUUUUUGGCAUCAAUAACCUCGAAGACAAUUAUUUAACGAGAUACUUCGAGUUUUCUAUAAGCGAUUGUGAAUCACUUUGUAGAGGACUUGAAGAUUUGAGACACUUGAGAGUAUUCCGUAUCAAUCGCAGCAACUUGGAUUGUUCGAAAGUAAAAUUAAUUUUACAAAGCUUGGUUAAGAAAGAAUCUAUUGAAGAGUUGGACUUUAAUCAUUGUAAGAUUGGCGAUUACGGAAUGAAAGCACUGGGUGGUUUUAUUUACGUGCAUAAUAAUGUGAAGAUAGUGAGAAUUGCUAACAACCGUUUCAAGGAAGUUGGGGUACAGGGUAUCGCUUACGCUUUACAAAUGAAGCCCGCUGCUCCUAUAGAGCUACUAGAUUUCAGUUUGAAUCCGAUGUCUAUAGAAUGUGCGACGAUGUUUGCUGCGGCGUUUGUCCGUUGUAAAGAGAAACCUCAGACGUUGAUUGUAAAUUCAUGCGGAUUUUACGGUGCUUCAGCGGAAAAGAUGGCUGGUCUUCUAAGUUUGAAUCGAGGUCUGACUAGAUUAGAUAUAGCGGCGAAUGAUUUAUCUGGUGAAGCAGAAAGAACGCUUAUUCGUGCCCUUGAACAAAAUAAAAAGGUUCUCAGGAUUGAUUUGCGCAGAACUCACAUAUCCGAGGAAACUCAAGCAAAGGUUGAUGAAUUGUUAGAGCGCAACAUAAACUUGGUCGGGCAAGAGUUGGAGCCUAGCGAUGAAAUUCCACCACUGUACCUUAACGAGCCAGAGUACCUUGUCUGGGAGUAUAAUCCCAAUAAUCCUGAUUAUAUACCUGGACGGUACCCUGAGAGAAUCCCCGAAGUUUAAGCAAAAACAUUUUCUGUCACUCUUAUCAAUGUUAACUAAAUGUGAAAAAUUGUAAUUAAUAAAUUAUAUGUACUACAACAUUUUGGAUAUCUUAAUUAUUUUAAGUCCAAGAGGAUAUAUGUAGAGAGAGGAGAUAGAUUAACGUAAUAAGACGAUGUUGUCUAGGUAAUCUAAUAUAGGUAGAUACUAUCCGAGUUACACUUAAUUACCUUUUUUUAAUGAUACUUGGAAUAACAAUACCUAAUAUAAUAUUAUAAUAUCUGUCACAAUACUUAAUAAAUAGAAAUAUUUAUAGCAUGUAAAAUCUCAUAUAAUUUUACAGUAAUUCGUCAUUUAAAUUUUAAAAGUACCACAUCAGCAAGUAAUGAUUCAGAAUGAUAUGUCAGUAAAUUAUGAAACCGGGUCACCAUUUAUGCAAUCCAAAUCCAGGUUCGUUGCUGCGCUAACGCUUAACGGCAUGACAGGCCAUUAAACCUUUAACAGUUAAAUUACUUAAUUACAAUGUACUUUAUACGUUACAAUGU